AGCUGUGAAGAGGCUUCAGUACCAGUUUUAAAUGGAGUCUUCCUUGGAGUAAAACAGAAAAUUAAAACAAUUUUAAGGAGAUAAUCCAAGCUUGUCUGAUGUUGUCCUUGGUCCCAACAUGUCACAGCAGAACAAUUGUGAGUUACUCAGUGAUUUCAUGAAGAAACGCUCUCAAAACAAAAAGACCAUUACCAGACAAUGCUACAAGAACCGGUGGUUUGUGAUUGACAGCAAUUUUCUGUCUUACUAUGAUGGUACUCCAAUGAAAAGGGGUACCAAGAAAGGUGUAAUAAGUUUGGAAAAAAUUCAUGUUGUCGAAGAAGUGGAGAAUCUUUCUUUGGACCAACUUAUAAAUGUCCUCCAGGUAAGUAACAAGAGACAAUAUGAUUUCCUUUGAAUGUAUCCUCAACUGUAUAUACUGCUGUUGUUGUUUGGCCCUAGGUCAAUUCCUAUUUUUUUAAGCUGUAAUUUGUGAUUUAAUAAACAUUUACCUGCUAUUUCUUUCAAGUCGAAUGACCAUG